AUGAACCAGACUCUAGGCGCCAUUCUCAAUGUUGAGGAUGCCAUUGCUAGGAAGUUGGGUCUGUCGACGUCCGCAAUGGACAAGGUUAGAAACGGUGUCAAUGAAUGCAUUGCUCAAGAGCUGGAUGUGCCUCUCGAAAAGGUGACCGACAAGGCCAACCUUAGAGAGGACUUAGUUGCAAGCGAUUUGGGACUCACUGAAAUGACACUUGCAAUUGAGAAGAAAUUCGACAUCUUUAUUACAGAUGAAGAAACAAAGCCUUGGAAAACAGUGGAAGAUGUCAUCGAGACUGUUGCUAACAAGGUCCAUAAGUAA